AUGGAAACCUACUCCGACCUCGAUACCGAUGGCGGCAACCCUGCUCCGAUGAAGCCAGCGAUGGAGGAACCACGCACCGCCGCCGCCACUGGAGGUCCCUCCAUAGUUGGGCCCGACGCUCCCCCCGCUCCCCAGCCGGGUACCGCUGCCGGCGCGAGGAAGCGGAAGGCCCCGACUACGGCGACAGCGAAGGCUCGCAUGCCGCAGGUUGAAGAACCGAUUCAGAUGCCUGUGUACUAUGGACUUAGAGAAAUGUUUGACAGCGUUCAGGGCGAUGAUUUAGUUGAAGAUUCGUUAGACACUUUUGUAGAGAACAACUGUGCACACGUCAUUGGCGAGCUACCGCUGCAGCCGCAGUCGAUGUCAUUGGUGGAUCUACAGCUCUGGAUCUUCAAGUUGUUCCGGCUCCAUCCAGAAACACAAGAUCUCUCUAUUAAGGUGGAUCUACUCCUACGACGACUCCUCUGAAGUGGACAAUUAUUUGGAGCACUACCCGUGGGACAUACAUUACUUUACGACUGACAUGUUCCAGGAUCUAUUUAAUGGCCACCUUCAGCUUCUUAAGCUUAACUUUGGUACUAUCAUGUUGUUACCGAAGAAGGCGGAAGUGAUUUGCAUCGAGCAAUUCAGGCCGAUAUGUUUGCUCAAUGUGAGCUUCAAGAUCUUCACAAAGGUUGGCACAAACCGUUUGACUCAGAUUGCCCAUUCUGUGGUACAGCCAACCCAGACUGCCUUCAUGCCAGGACGACACAUUCUCGAGGGAGUGGUCGUUCUUCAUGAGACCUUGCACGAAAUUCACUCGAAGAAACUCGAUGGGGUGGUCUUCAAAGUGGAUUUUGAAAAGGCAUACGAUAAAGUGAAAUGGCCAUUCUUACAACAGGCCUUGCGUAUGAAAGGAUUCGAUGAGGCUUGGAGGAAACAGGUCGAAUCAUUUGUACAAGGUGGCAGUGUUGGCAUCAAAGUAAAUGACGAUAUUGGUCAGUACUUCCAGACGCUAAAAGGAUUGAGACAGGGAGAUCCGAUGUCUCCAAUCCUUUUUAAUGUGGUUGUUGAUAUGUUGGUUGUUCUUGUUAAUAGAGCAAAACAGGACGGCCAAGUAGGUGGUCUUAUCCCACAUCUGGUUGAGGGUGGGGUAUCCAUUCUUCAAUAUGCCGAUGAUACAAUCAUUUUCAUGAAACAUGACCUUGUCAAGGCCAGAAACAUGAAGUUAGUGCUUUGCCUUUUCAAACAGCUAUCAGGGUUGAAGAUUAAUUUUAAUAAGAAUGAGUUGUUUUGCUUUGGACACGCCAAAGAAGAACAAGAAACUUACAAGCAGUUGUUCGGGUGUGAAUUAGGCACGUUACCCUUCACGUAAUUAGGGAUUCUGAUUCAUCACCGCAAGCUCACUAAUAAAGAGUGGAA